AUGGCAAACGAUAUCGCAAAAUCAUCAUUGGAUUCCACGGACACGAUGAUUGAAAUGAAAUCGAAUCAACAAGAUGGAUUUUCUGUUCCAAAUUUAUCCGGUGCACAAUUUGAAAAAUUAUUACAUCAUAUAGGAGGCCCGUCCGUUCCACCUCCUGUUCCAACUGCACUUGGAAACCCGGGUCCACUUGGUCUUGGUGCAUUUGCAUUAACAACAUUUAUGCUCUCAGUCUUCAAUGCUGGCUCAAAUUUAAUCGAUCCGAAAUUAGAAGCCGCGAUUUUACCAGUUGCAUUGUUCUAUGGUGGUGCUGCACAAUUUGCAGCAGGUAUGUGGGAAUUUCGUAUUAACAAUACAUUUGGUGCAACUGCAUUUACUAGUUAUGGAGCAUUUUGGAUGUCGUUUGCUGGUUAUGUUUAUGUUAUCGUUCCGACAAUCGCUGCGACUGGACACGCAAAACAGGCAACAGGAUUAUUUUUAUUAGCUUGGUUUAUUUUUACACUUUAUAUGAAUGUCGCUGCUUAUCGAACAUCGAGAAUUUUGUUUAUUCUAUUUGCCGUGUUAAAUGUCACAUUUCUAUUGUUGAUUAUUGGAAAUUUAACAGAUACACCAGUUGUUGUUAAUGUUGGAGGAUGGUUUGGUAUUGUCACUGCAUUUGUCGCUUGGUAUGGCUCAGCUGCUGUUGUUAUUAAUGUCACUUGGCGAAAAUCAGUUUUACCUAUUGGUGUUUAUAUUCCAUCGCCUGUUAAAGACAGUCACGCCUAG